CAGCCAAUGGGAGAGCGCGAUGCUCCCGCUAGAGCGCAGCAACGAAGUCCGCUCUACUUCUCCUGAGAGCCUUGGCAAACUGUGCUCUAGCGGAGAUAAAUGGGUGUUUGAAUGGUUUUGGAUGUACCCAGCGCUCCUUCAGCUGUCCGUAGAAGCGAGCGGAGUCCUCCGCCAGCACGGCUAUUGACUGCGGUAGGUGAGCAGCCAGCGAAGCCAUGCCAGUCCCCGCUGGAUACCUCAGCGCCUCCCUCGCGGCCUUCUCAUCCUCGGCCUCGCUUAUCCCACCGCCGCCGAUAAACACCCAGCAGCCGGGCGUCGUCACCUCGCUCCUGUACAGCGGCUCCAAAUUUAGAGGCCAUCAGAAAAGCAAAGGAAACUCUUAUGAUGUGGAGGUUGUUUUGCAGCACGUCACCAUGGAAGAUUCCUACUUGUGUGGCUACUUGAAGAUCAAGGGAUUGACAGAAGAAUAUCCAACUCUGACAACCUUUUUCGCUGGAGAGAUCAUCAGCAGGAAGCGGCCGUUUCUCACCAGGAAGUGGGACGCAGAUGAAGAUGUGGAUCGAAAGCACUGGGGCAAGUUCCAGGCCUUUUACCAAUACGCAAAGACCUUCAACUCUGAUGAGUUCGACUAUGAAGACCUGAAGAACUCUGAUUAUAUCUUCAUGAGGUGGAAAGAGCAGUUUCUGGUUCCUGAUCACACCAUCAAGGACAUCAGUGGGGCUUCCUUCGCCGGCUUUUACUACAUCUGCUUCCAGAAGUCCACAGCCACAAUCGAGGGCUAUUACUACCACAGGAGCUCUGAAUGGUACCAGUCCCUGAACCUCACCCAUGUUCCUGAGCACAGUGCAGCAAUCUAUGAGUUCCGGUGACCACUGUCAGCUUCCAGGAUCUUUCUAUUGUUGGGAAAGCAGAAGGUCUGCGGAUGCUGCUGAGAAGUUAAAGGACGCCAACCUGCAAUGACAGAAACGCUUGGAGACCUGCACAUGCUCACAUUUUCCUAAACGAGCACCAUGAAUGUAUGGAUGCAGGCGGAACAGGUGGAAUGUGCUUUUGUGCCUCCCGGCAGGAGUUUGAGAAGCUGGAACCAGCAGCUAGGACUGGGUGUGGUUCCUGUAGAGUUUCCCUUUCCUCCAUUGUUUUAACGUCUGGUUUUUAAAGCGCUUGGCUCAGUAUAGCGAGACUCUUUCUAAGCCUUGUUGGGAUUUCUCCUUUCCUGAUUUGCCACAAGGAACAGCUCAAGCUUUGGUGCAGAAAGAGCAGCUUGCACACAUUGAACUGCUGCUGGACAAGGAUUCUUCUACGGAGUCCGAUCCGAUUACUGGACAGAACCAGCAAGUCUGGGAAGACGAAGAGCAGGAGAGAAGGUGACGGUCGGAAAGUCUAAAUGGUGACAGAGUAUUUUUAAGCUAAAGUUGUUUGUUGGUCUGCCAAGAGUAUAUUUUCUUAUUUUACUGAUUGAGCAGCGAGAGGCACUUUUUUAAAAAAAAGGUACAAUCUGGGAGAUUCCUGAAAUAAGCUUUUCUCUAUUUUCAUCCAGCUGCUUUUUGAGAUUCUUCUCAUUUAGGAUUGUUGUGGAUUUUCUCUUCAUUCUGAGUCAGCUCUACAUGUGUCUAUGAGGCUUAUAGUUGGGCUUUUAAAGCAGGUCAGGUUUUUAUCGGUGAAGGUUCCCAACCAGAACAAUCCUGUAAAAGUAUUAAAAGGAGGAAAUUCUACCAUCAGCAUUAAACUGAGCAUCAUGUUAAUUUUCCUCCCUGUUUUUCUCCACGGCUAUGCAACACUUUAUUGAAAGCAAACAUUAUUACACCCAGAGGAUUCAGAGGUGAAGUUUUAUUCUGUUCCUAAAAUAUAUACGAUCUACCUUCAUUAAAGAGACUAUUUUUGUGAAAGAGUCUGUUAACAAAGCCCAUCCCUGAUGUUGUUUCUCUGCUAUGUCAUAGUGCCAUGGUUUUCAAGCUCACCACAGCUGCAACAAGUUGAUUUGAGGAAUGCGUGGGAAUAAAGGUUGGAGUGACUGUAAGGAGUGAAUCAUUUAAAUUAAAAAGAAAAAUCCAAA